AUGCCAUCAAAAAUAUUUUUUGAGAGUUUUGCUGACAGCCGAUAUGUUUUUAUUCUCCAAAACAGUUGUCAUCAACCUUGUUUUUCGACACAAAAAGCGACGCCAAAAAAGAUGACUAGAAAAAAGAUGAAUAUUUUUGUGAAGAAGGAAGAGGACAAUAAAAUGGAAGAAGCAAAAAAUUCUACGGCACAAAUGGCGCGCAAAAAAUUUUUUUUCAAUGUGUGCCACUUCUCUUUUUGGCAUUUUUUUUCUUCCCUGAUUUUUGCCUAUUUUUCUAUCCAAUCUCCCGCCCAUUUUUCCUUCCCUGUCUUCUCAUUUUUAUUUUCACAUCUGCCUAUAACGCGCCGGAGAACGCCGCAUUCAUUUUAAAGGCGAUCUAAAUGUGCCGAUAAGAAAAAGAUGGCAAUUUCUUUGCAAAUAAAUAUUUUAUUUUCAUUUUCUUCAAAUUUUCGUUUAUUUUUGCAUUCUUCGAUUUCCUUUUAAAUUCUUUAAAUCCUAGCUUUUUCUUCUUAAUUCCUUAAAUCCCUAUCCUUUAAUUUUCUAUAUAAGCUUUAAUUUAACAUUGUAUUGUAAGUUGUAGCGUGUCCGAAUGGUUAGCGAGCUGGGUUCGAGUUUUUUAAUAUGUGAGUUCGAACCCCUUUGGUGCCCCGAUACUUUUUACUUAUUUUUUAAUGUACAUUAACAUGUUUUACAACUUUCAAUCAAUCUUUUUUGCAUUUUUAAAUUUUUAUUUGCUAGAAUUCUGUUUCCCACUACUAUUUAUAACUCUUAAAUUGAUUGAUGUACUUUUAUUUUGCCUUAUUUAUUAUUUAAUACCAUCGAUCAUUUUCAUUAUUUUUUUCCAUUUAGUUGAUGUGUGC